ACCCUCGACUCUGCGGUGAUUGCGGGCUGGCACGGCAUGCAUGGAGAUUGAGGCAGCAUCGACGAGGGUUAUCUGCUGUUGGUAUGGAACGAUAAAAAUACUUGUGCGCGUUUAAAGCGAGGCGAGCACGGAAUGGCCCGUGUACGUGGAUCGAUGGAGACCGGGACAUGGGUGUUGCAGAGGAACACGCCAAUUGCAUCUCUACCACAAGGGUUGGUAUCAAAGGAAUGAAUGGGCGGGCGCCACCCUCCACCGAUUUCUCCGUUUGUAGCUGCUAUCGCGAUGCAAUGGAACCGCCAGAUUCGCCCAUCACUCUCUUAUAUCUCAUGCCUUGUGCAGUCCUGAAGUCGUCAAUCGAGACGCAACCCUAUCUCCAUGGCGCUUCUCGAGUCCUCCCUCGGGAUGUUGUGGAUGCUGCUCGCCGCAUCCGCCGUACGCUUGUUGGCAUCGACGUCGGCUGAUGUCGACACCUACAUUGUUCACAUGGACUCCGCCGCCAUGCCGAGCGCCUUCUCCGGCCGCCGUAGCUGGUACGCUGCCACUCUUGCUGCCACCGCAGACGCCUCGGACGCCAUCCCCGCCGACGAGAAGAUCGUGUACGUGUAUGACCACGCCAUUCAUGGAUUCAGCGCGCGGCUCUCCUCGGCGCAGCUGGAGCAGCUCAAAAAGUCGCAUGGCUUCCUGUCGUGCUCCCGCGACGCGCCCGUCAAGAAGGACACGACCCACACCUCGGACUUCCUCGAGCUCAGCGCCAGCGCCGGACUAUGGCCGGCCUCGAACUACGGCGACGACGUCAUCAUCGGGGUGCUGGACACUGGGAUAUGGCCCGAGAGCGCCAGCUUCCGGGACGACGGCCUGACCGCCGUUCCGUCCCGGUGGAGGGGGGCGUGCGAGCAGGGCACGGCCUUCCGCUCGUCGGCGUGCAACCGGAAGCUCAUCGGCGCCCGGAGCUUCAACAAGGGGCUCCUCGCCAGCGACCCAAACCUGACCAUCGCCGUCAACUCCCCCCGGGACACCGACGGUCACGGCACGCACACAUCGUCCACCGCCGGGGGGAACUACGCGGAGGGCGCGUCGUUCUUCGGGUACGCGUCCGGCGUGGCGCGGGGCAUGGCGCCCCGCGCGAGGCUGGCCAUGUACAAGGUCCUGUGGGACGAAGGAGCGGUCACGUCGGACAUCAUAGCAGGGAUAGACCAAGCCAUAUCCGACGGCGUCGACGUCAUCUCCAUGUCGUUCGGCCUGGACGACGUCGCUCUGUACGAGGACCCGAUCGCCGUGGCCUCGUUCGCGGCCGUGCAGAAGGGCAUAUUCGUGUCGACGUCGGCAGGGAACGAAGGCCCGUUCUUAGGCUUCCUUCACAACGGGACGCCGUGGGUCCUGACCGUCGGCGCCGGCACCGUCGACCGGGAAUUCGCGGCCGUGAUCGGCCUCGGGGAUGGCACCCUGGUCAUCGGGCAAUCACUCUAUCCGGGAAACCCUGCGACGCUGAAGCAGAUGCCCAUGGCCUUCCUGGGGUCCUGCGACAACACCACCCUGCUCAAGAAGACUCGCCACAAGAUAGUGGUCUGCGAAGCGGAUGAGUUGGGCGGUGCCGUCCAAUAUCUUCGGUAUGCCAAAGUGGACGCAGGCCUUUUCAUAUCCAACGACUCCUUUGCGCAGUUGUACAGCCAAUUUAGCUUCCCUGCGGCCAUCAUAAGCCCACAAGAUGGCCCGACCAUCUUAAACUACAUCCAGAGGAGCUCUGAGCCCAAAGCCACCAUAAAGUUCCGGCAGACACUAUUGGGCACCAAGCCCGCGCCGACGGUGGCUACCUACACCUCGCGAGGGCCGUCGGCGAGCUGCCCAAACGUACUGAAGCCCGACGUGGUGGCUCCGGGAUCGCUCAUCCUGGCGUCGUGGGCGCAGAACUCGACAGUGGGGAGGGUCGGCACGCACAAGUUGUACAGUCCAUUCGCCAUCAUCUCGGGAACGUCGAUGGCCUGUCCCCACGCGUCCGGCGUCGCCGCUUUGCUCAAGGCCGCACGCCCCGGGUGGAGCCCGGCGGCCAUCAGAUCGGCUCUGAUGACCACCGCAAGCCAUUUGGACAACACCGGGGCGCCCAUCAAGGACAUGGGGAACGGAAACAAGCAGGCGAGUCCACUGGCAAUGGGCGCGGGGCAUAUCGACCCCAACCGGGCGCUGGAGCCCGGCCUCGUCUACGACGCCGGCACCGAAGACUACGUCAACCUCCUGUGCGCCAUGAACUUCACCAGCAAGCAGCUGAGGACGAUCACCGGAACCGCUACCGUAGAUUGUUCGAACCCGACGUUGGAUCUCAACUACCCGUCCUUCAUCGCCUACUUCGACCCAAACGAGACAUCAGCGAGCGCUCCCUCGGUCCGCCAGUUCCGUAGGACGGUGACCAAUGUCGGGGAUAAUCCGGUGGCGACCUACACUGCCAAGCUCGCGGACAUCAAGGGCUUCACCGUCAGUGUGGUGCCAGAAAAGCUGUCCUUCAAGGAGAAGUACCAGAAGCAGAGCUUCACCUUGACGCUGAAGGAGAACACGAGGGAGAAGAAGGAUGCGGUGCGUCAUGGUUCGUUGACUUGGGUGGACGAUGAGGAGAAGUACGUAGUUAGGAGUCCUAUAGUGGCCACCACCGUAAGUCCCAUCAGCUUGUAGACGGUGAGGGGGGAGUGACAUUAAUAAUCCCCCCAACUUGACCCAUUGUUUACACACUAAUUAAUGCAAAUACACUUCAGGGGAUGUCUACA